GGAAGUGGCACAGCUUUAUAAAGAAAGGAAUCUUUUCAGUAAGGAGGAGGACGUUGUGGAACGUCGAGAAGAACAACAACAAAACCAGGAGCGAUGGAUCAGAUGAGAUUGGCGUUUAACGGCGUGGUUAGAAGUGUGCGUUACAGCAGGUUCCCCCUGCAGCCCACAGAGAAUGGAGAAAGGCAUCUGGAGGUCAAACUGUCUGAAGAUGGCACUGAGGAGUUUACAGACGUGGAGGCCGAGGGCUCACCAAGCUUCAGGCCGGCACCUCAAAAUUAUAGCCGGUGUUCCAUUGCCUUCCUGCUCCUGGGAACCCUGCUGAUAUUGAUCAUUGGCUAUCUGGUUGGUUAUAUCAGUCACAGUAAACCUAAAGUGGAGUUGCUGAACUGCAGCCCAGUGACACAAGCUCCGGUUGCGCAACCUGCAGAGGUUGAGAUGGACUUCAAGAACAUCUCUCAACUUCUUGCGAGGAAAAUGACCAGGGAGGCCUUUCAAAAGACUCUAGGGGACUUUGAAAAUCCCGGGUGUUCAGCAGGAAGUGAUAAAGACAUGAGUUUGGCAAACAGCAUCUUUGAUGAAUUCAAGAAACUAGAGAUGGAUCCCUGGACAGACAUCCACGAUGUUCAGCUGCCGAUCCCAGACAGCCAGAAUCCAAACAAGGUUCAGUUUGGUUCAGAAGAUUUCAGCCUUACUGGGUAUCUGGCCUACAGCGCUACAGACAGAGUUCAGGGCAAACUUGUGUACGGCAACUAUGGGCGUAAAGAGGACCUGGAUAUCGUGAAUAAAAAUAAGAUUGAGUUAAAAGGCUGCGUGCUGCUCGUCCGUGCUGGAAAGAUCAGUUUUGCAGAGCAGGUGGCCAAUGCUGCAGAUAGAGGGGCGUCUGCUGUUCUGAUCUACCCCGAUGAAGCUGAUUACAAUUAUGUAGCUGACACUGUGCUCUAUGGACAUGUCCAUCUGGGCUCAGGUGACCCCUACACCCCUGGAUUCCCCUCCUUUAACCACACCCAGUUUCCCCCAACUCGGUCAUCUGGCCUCCCCAAAAUCCCAGCCCAGACUCUCACCCGCAGUGUUGCUGUAAAACUUCUUCAGAAAAUUGGUGGUCCUGAACCAGAUGAAACAAGUGGUUUUAAAGGUGGAUUCAAGCAAGUGUCUUACAGGCUGGGAGGCGUUGAGAACAUCACUGUUGAGGUCAACAACAAGCUGGUGAACAAGGAGAUCCAUAAUGUGUUUGGGGUGAUCAAAGGAUUUGAUGAUCCUGAUCGCUACAUUGUACUGGGAGCUCAGAGAGAUGCCUGGGGUAGCGGCUACGCCAGAGCCACUGUUGGCACCUCAGUACUGGUGCAGCUGGCCAAAGCUUUCCGUGAAAUGGUCAAGAAUGAUGGGUUCAGGCCCAGGAGAAGCCUGGUGUUUGCGAGCUGGAGUGCAGGAGAAUAUGGAAGUGUUGGCGCUACAGAGUGGCUGGAGUUAUCAGAAUCCAGAAUGAGACCGAUGACAAUAGAUGACCCAGCCUAUCCCUUCUUGGCUUUCUCUGGAAUUCCCUCAGUCUCCUUUCACUUCAUCAAACCAAAUUCUGAGGUCUACACUUAUUAUGGCACUCAAUUGGACACCAUGGACCAACUUAACUAUGAAACCAACAAUCAAACCAACGAGAUCACGGCGAUAGCAGCGCAGUUUGCUGGUCAGAUGGCCCUGCACCUGGUUCAUGACCACCUGCUGAGCUUGGAUGUGAACCGGUACAGCAAAACUCUCACCAAGGCUGUGGCGGGCGUCUACAAACACAUCCGGCUGCUCUCGCAGGAUUUGAGUCCCAGCUGGUUGAACCGUGCACGAGGCUCCUUCCAGCGUGCUGCCAGUAACCUCUACAAUGACAUUGCCAACACCAACUUGGAUGACAAAGAAGCCUGUCGAAUCCUCAACAACAGGAUCAUGAUGGUUGAGCACAGCCUCCUCUCCCCAUACGUCUCACCUGUUAAGGUUCCCUUCCGUCACCUACUGUUUGGCCGAGGCUCCCACACUCUGGCGUCCAUUGCUGAGACUACUGACGUGGAUGAACUCCACACCCAGCUGGCCUUAGCCACCUGGAACUUGCAGGGAUGUGCCAAUGCCAUGGUGGGAAACAUCUGGGACCUCGAUGAAGAAAUUUAAAUUGGUGGGACGCAGAGAUGUGAGGGUGGGAGUUGUGUGUUUGCAUGUGUAUUUUUUGGAAAGUAAAUCAUAGCGCUCCAAUAUCAGCACUUAAAAGCACAAGCCGUUAAUCAGAAACCCCAACCUUUGUUAUAGGCUCAGCUCAGAUUUCAGGGGAAUUCAAAUCAAUUCCACAAAUAGUCUCGAAGAGGACAGUGUUAAAGUGUAGGGCUGAAAACUGUGAACAAGGAUUACUUGAAGAAAUGAAAUGCUACUGACAAAUCCACCUCCUCUCAAGUAGACUCGAAGCUCUUGCUGCGACCACUUGCCAUCAAAGCACUAAAAGACCUUAUAUGUAUUUGGUUUUUUUUUGGUUUUUUUAAUUAUUUAUCAGUGGCAGUGUCCACUAUAAAGCUGUUUGUCUUUUUAUACGACAUUAUCGGAAGCAGUGUCUUCCAUAAUUAUGACGGUUAUACUGUCGAAACCUACGGCAGUAUCUGCUACAGAAAUGACUCCAAAUGUUGCUGGGA